AUGCUGGCCCUGGCACACCCUCUUCAACCCCUGCUAUGCCCCUGCAGCAGCCCCGGUCCAGCUGCGAGCUCUGGUCUUUUCCUCCGUCCACUACCCACAUCUCCCCUGUCUGUCAUUCCCGUCAACCAUCUCAACUUCUCUAGGGACACUUACUUACCGCAAGAGCCUCGACUGCUUUCAGAUGACGCUGGCGCCGUUUUGACUCUAUCGCCGUUUGCAGACAUCCUCACUGGCCUGAAUUCCAUCCGCCCGAAGCCGUGUCUCUGA